AUACAUGUAUAAAAGAGACAUGAUUAAUCAAGUGUGCUAUUCCGUCUGCAUACUAGUUUUAAUUUAAUGUGCUGCCGCUCUUCGUUCACUCGUUGCAAUCUAUACGCUACUUUGGCCGAGUUACAUUUCUUACACGAUUUCGACUAAUUUCGCUUGUUUUUCCAUACUAAUUUUAAUUCUCUCUGAUUCUAUAUCCACACGCUAUUAUUGCACUUCUUCCUGCCCAAGAUGAUGGUAAAAGAUCGCGGGAAGGCACGCUCGAAAGAUGAAGCUAUAAAUCGAUGCCAGCGGCGAGAAAUUUGUUAUUCCGUUUCGCACGAGAGUCGAAUCCGGACUUUUAAAUAUGCCACACCAAUUUGGACUGCCAACGAUGGCACAUGGUAUGCAAUCUCCGCCCUCGCCGACCUCGGUCAUGUCCGUUUAUCCUCGAUUCGGCUCCGGCAUCUACAGGGCUGAUCACCAGGACCAGCGACUUACCCGCGAGGCGAUGGAACGUUAUCUGCGCGAUCGUAGCGAUAUGGUGAUCGUGAUCCUACAUGCCAAGGUUGCGCAGAAAUCGUAUGGCAAUGAGAAACGUUUCUUCUGUCCGCCACCCUGUAUCUAUCUCUUCGGUGAUGGCUGGAGGAUGCGUCAGGAGCAAAUGUUGCGCGAAGGCGAGAGUGAGCAGAGCGCUCAACUGUGCGCUUUCAUCGGUAUUGGGAAUUCGGAUCAGGACAUGCAACAAUUGGAUUUGAACAACGGCAAACAGUACUGCGCGGCAAAGACCCUUUACAUCUCUGAUUCGGACAAGCGGAAGCACUUUAUGCUCUCUGUCAAAAUGUUUUACGGCAGUGGCCACGACAUCGGCGUCUUUCACAGCAAGCGUAUCAAGGUCAUCUCGAAGCCGUCCAAGAAGAAACAGUCCCUGAAGAACGCAGACUUGUGCAUCGCCAGUGGCACGAAGGUGGCGCUUUUCAAUCGACUGCGAUCGCAGACGGUCAGUACGCGCUACCUUCACGUGGAGAAUGGCAAUUUCCACGCGAGCUCGACGCAAUGGGGCGCAUUCACCAUCCACCUCUUGGACGAUAACGAGAGCGAGUCGGAGGAGUUUCAAGUGCGCGACGGUUACGUGCACUACGGCAGCACCGUGAAACUAGUAUGCUCCGUCACAGGAAUGGCUCUGCCGCGGCUGGUGAUCCGCAAGGUAGACAAACAAAUGGCUAGUCUGGAGGCGGAUGAUCCUGUAUCGCAGUUACACAAGUGUGCCUUUUACAUGAAGGACACAGAUCAUAUGUACUUGUGUCUAUCGCAGGAGCGUAUAAUACAAUUUCAGGCUACGCCUUGCCCGAAGGAAGCAAACAAGGAGAUGAUCAACGACGGCGCUUGCUGGACCAUCAUCAGCACCGACAAAGCAGAGUACCAAUUCUUCGAAGGUAUGGGUCCAGUACGGUCACCGGUGACGCCCGUACCACUGGUUCACAGUCUGCAUCUCAACGGCGGCGGCGACGUGGCGAUGCUAGAAUUAACGGGCGACAAUUUCACGCCAAAUCUGCAAGUCUGGUUCGGCGACGUGGAGGCCGAGACUAUGUACAGAUGUCAAGAGAGCAUGCUUUGCGUCGUGCCGGACAUCUCGCUCUUUCGCGGCGAGUGGCUCUGGGUACGUCAGCCGACGCAAGUACCGGUCUCUCUCGUACGCAACGAUGGUAUCAUUUACGCGACCGGUCUCACUUUUACGUAUACGCCCGAGCCAGGGCCGCGUCCGCACUGUCCGCCCGCCGACGAGAUUAUGCGAGCGCCACGUGCCAUGCACAAUCAAGCCAGUAUACCACCUGCCGCAAUGCCCGCCGACGUGCCCUGGAACACUCACGGUCAACCGCCACAGUCGGGUCUCUGAUGUCUUCUAGAUAAUCGUCACAACGCGAACCAAAGUUUACGAUAUACUACUUGUAAUGAUACGGACGGUGUAACGCCAGCCGUCGUGUCUCACAACGAUGACAACGAUAACGAUGACGAUAACGAAAACGACGAAGACGGCGACGACACAAGUGAGAGCGGCGAUGGUGAUUGCUCGUAUCUGACGAAAGAUUUGUUUCUCGAAAUCAAUGGUGAUGCGGCGCGAUACGGUGCAAAUUCGGACAAUACGGAAACGUAGCGUAUCGCUCAGUGCAUCCGACGUGAUGCGACGACGACGUGGCGCAUCGAAUUUUGCGCGCUAAAGAUCGUGGAACUUGCAAGUUGUUGAGAUACAGAUUUACAGAGAUAAUAAUUUAUCAUAGCAAUCCUGUAGGUUUAACUAUUAAGCGCGGCUUACGCUAGUGUGUAUAGACUGAGUUGCGAUGACGGACGAUAAAAUUUUCGGCAAGUGAAACGUUUCCCUUGUAAUUUCAUUCUCGUUUCAUCUAACACUUCAAGAAAGAUACAAAACUAUUAAACGGUCUAUACAUCCGCAUAUCGAUCACCGAACGAUGGUUGUGCUUUUAACAUUAUAUUUGUUACGAAAGAAGCUGUUGCCACGCUUGGAAUUCGGUAUAACGGAUCUCGAAGUUAUAACUUUUGCGUUUGGCUACAUUGUUACCGAUCGUAUCGUAAAUUCUAAUUUUUUUAAAUACGUCAGUUUUAUCCGUUUUUUCAUCUUAUCGACAGAAUAUCAUUUUAUAAAAAAAAAAAAAGGGAAAAACACGGAUUUAUACGAGAGUGAUCGAGAACCGAAAUCCGAGCGUUGCUUUGCGAGAAUGGUCUAUUCUGUACAAAGUUAGAUAGGAACAAGGUACGUGAUGUAUUUUUGAACCCGCGCACGACGGCCUCGAUAUUUGGUACAUUUGUAAAUUCAUAUACGCGCUAUAUCAAUAAUGUUUUUUUCAUUAUUUAUUAGGAGAUGCAUGAUAAAUGCAUGUAGGAUGUUUACGACAAAUCGUCGGAUUUCUAAUCCGACCGAACAGUAGUACUCAAUUGAUGCAUUAAAAAAAAUUUCUUGGUCUAAUUCUGUCUCAGAAAUAAUCGGAUUAGAUCGUCGAACGGAUCGUGAGA